AUGGGAGCAGCGUCGAAGUCGUUCAUCUACCUAGUCCUACCGGUCCUAGCGCUCUGCUUGAGCUCGCUCCUCUCCGCAAAUUCCGUACAGGAACUAUGGGAAAUUACUCAGCUUGCGAAACAUGGGAUGUUCGAUGCGCAUCCGACAGCCCAAGGCCAUAAAUGUACCCAUGAGUACACCGUUGAGAUCUUGUCAUUCGACCCUGCCGUCAUAUACCUCAACAACUUCAAAGAGCACGAAAUAGAGCAUCUACUCAACAUCACAAAGAAUGAGUUCGAACAAUCUUGGGUUUAUGACAACGAUCUCAAAUCAGUCAUCGACAAAAACUACCGAACCUCCUCCUCCGCUACGUUACCCUGGGACGAUCCAGUUGCCCUCUGUCUUUCCGACAGAAUGAAGUCCUUCCUCGGAAAUAUUCAACAUAUUGAUGUCGAGCCGCUCCAGAUCGUCAAAUUUGAAGGGGGUGAGCGGUUUCGCUUGCACAUGGACUGGUUCCGCGAGACCAGAAACCAGACCUACGUCGAGGAAAGAAGAUUCAGACCGUAUAACAGACUUGAUUCGAUAUUUGUGUAUCUGGAAGGCAACUGUUCUGGUGGGCAGACCUACUUUCCAGACAUAAAAGGAGUGUCCGCCAGUGCAGAUGGUGAGAAGUUCGCAAGGACUGACAAAGGGACGGGCCUAUUGGUCAAGCCAAAGCGGGGCAAUGCUGUCUUCUGGAACAAUAUGCUGCCAAAUGGAACAGGGGAUCCAAGAGUGCUUCAUGCUGGGUUUUCGGUUAAGUCGGGAAUCAAGAUUGGGAUGAACACGUUCAGUUACUAUUAUUCUUGA